CUCAGUAAUUGCGAGGCUGCCCACAGCGACCAAGAAAGCUCCGAGGCGGGGGUUCGGUUAUUCUGGGCACUGGGAAAGAUGUACCAGGAAAAGUGAAUCCUGCUGAGUUUUCCCAACAUUUUCUGUUUCUAUUCCAGGACGCGGUCGAGCACUUUCAGGUUACUAACGACGCGGAACUGGCUGGCAAUCAGCAGGAUUCAAACUUAUGUGGAACUUUGAGAAAAGUUUUCGUCGCACGAGAUUGCAGUCAGAGAUCAUGCAGCAGAACGAAAUGGCUUCCAUUGUACUCCACAAUGAAGGGGAAUGCCUGCUGCCUGAGGAUAAUGAUAUUCUGGAUGAAGUUGAUUUUGUCUUAGUAGCGGCAAAACCAGAAAAUGGCAUGGGCAGAAAGGAAACUAAUAGGAAGCUUUACCUGAGUAAAGUGAGAGAAAAAGGCUUCCGAAUAAUGAAAAAAGAAGAUGAUCACAAUUUGUAUUUUGGAAUUCAAGCCCGUAAAGAACUCUUUGACAAAUACAUACAACAUCUAAAAGUUUCUGAAAGAAGAUAUAAUGAUGCUGGACUUAGCACAAUUUCAAAAUCAACCAGAAUUCGAAUUAUAAAUUUCAUUCUUUGGAAGACAAAGUAUUCAACGGACGAUGGAAGUGACAAUGAUUUUCUAUACAAUUUACUGAAUGAUGGUACAUUCAAAGCGGUCUUCCCACUUCAUGAGGAUGAUGUUUGCGAGACAGGACGCAAGUUGCGGUUUGAAUGGGCUGAGUGGAGAUGCCUAUUUAAGAAACAACCAAUCAAUGAAAUAAGGGAGUAUUUUGGAGAGCGAAUUGCCCUCUAUUUUGCUUGGCUUGGUUGGUACACCACCCUGCUGAUUCCUGCUGCUAUAAGUGGAGUCUUGGUUGUUCUGUAUGGAUUAAUAAACUACGAAAGCAAUCAAGUGAGUCAAGAGAUAUGCAAUGCUACUGAGAUUAUCAUGUGCCCACUAUGUGAUAACCGUUGUCAAUACUGGAGACUCAAUGAGACAUGCACCAAUGCUAAGAUCACACAACUUUUUGACCAUGAAAUAACAGUUGUUUUUGCGAUGAUCAUGGCAAUCUGGGCCACUGUAUUUUUGGAACUGUGGAAACGAGCCCGAGCAAAAACUGCCUGCUCCUGGGAUUUAUGCCGUUGGGAUGAGGAUGAGGAAGAACUGGCUCUCGAGCUAAUAUUUAACCCUGGCGCAAAACGAAAAGAAUAUCACCACUCGUACAAAUGUGCAACAAUAGUCAUGUUACUGGCAUGUGUUCUGAUCACUGUUAUUAUUGGUAUUGCACUUGGAAUUGUAAUAUGUCGGAUUAUUGCUGCUGCCAUGUUCACAAAGUCUUCUUCAGAUUUUCUGAGUGAUCAUGCCAGAACAAUUGCUGUAAUGGUUGGUGCUGUGGUGCAUUUCUUUACAAUUCUCAUCAUGACUAAGGUUAAUCGCAAAGUUGCAGAGUUGUUAUGUGAUUUAGAAAAGCCACGGACUGUAUUGGCUCGAGAAAACAACUUCAGUGUAAAAAUGUUCACAUUCCAGUUCUUCACAAUGUUCUCAUCCAUCAUUUAUAUUGCAUUUUUUCUGGGAAGGAUUAAUGGCCACCCAAGAAAUUAUGUGAGAAUAGCAGGAUGGUGGCGACUGGAGGAGUGCCAUCCAAGUGGCUGCAUGAUGGACCUCUUCAUCCAAAUGGCCGUUGUAAUGAUACUGAAACAAAUACUAAGCAGCUGUGUGCAGUAUGCUGUACCAUCCCUGAAAUAUCAAUGGAAAAAAUAUCACAAAAAAAAUCACGAGGAUGAUGUGAAGGAUACAGUAACAAAACAUUGGGUCAAAAACUACAACCUGAACUAUGUCGACUCCUUUAGUUUAUUCAAUGAGUUUUUGGAAAUGGCCAUUCAGUAUGGUUUCACCACAAUAUUCGUUGCAGCCUUCCCGCUGGCUCCGUUACUUGCUUGCCUGAAUAAUCUAUUUGAAAUUCGACUCGAUGCCAGAAAGAUGCUUGUGCUUCAAAGGCGGCCAAUACCACGAAAAGCAAAAGAUAUUGCCUAUACCGGUGGCCAGCAGCAAUGUGAAGAAGUGAAACACAUGAGGAUAUGGGUACGGCUGCUGGAAGCAGUUGGCGUGUUGGCUGUCAUUGGUAAUGGAUUGGUGAUCUCGAUCACUUCAGAUUUCAUUCCUCGAUUGGUAUACAAGUAUGGAUAUGGGCCAUGUGCAGGUGGAAAUAGUUCAAAUGAUAACUGUUUGAUGGGGUAUGUUAAUAGUAGCCUCUCUGUGUUCUAUGUGGAAAAUUUCCAGCAGACGCUUCCGAAGGACAAUGGGUCAAUGUCACUGGGAUUCCAAGUAACCUAUUGCAGGUAUCGUGAUUACAGAACUGUUGGUGAAUAUGAGUAUACAAUCCAGUUUUGGCAUAUUUUUGCUGCCCGUUUGGCCUUUCUGGUUUUAUUUGAGAACGUUGUUGUAUGCAUCAAGUACAUUGUAGCUUGGUUUGUUCCUGAUGUGCCAGUCUCAGUAAGAAACCAGAAUCUUGAGAAAACAUUUCAGCGAUUACAGGCAGAACUGAAGUUGGCAUCAAGAGAAAUCCCAGAUUACUCAACCACUAAUGUGUGAAAAAAUCAAUCAACAGUUUUGUGAAGUUUUGGAAAUACGUCUGCCAGUGAGGAAUUAAAGUGUUUUGGCUGACUGAAAA